AUGGAUGAACUUGAUAGACUGAUCUGGUUUAUCCAGAGCACUAGCAUUCCUAACAGUAACCAGUGGAUUCAGUCACUGCGCGAUGGCUCUACAGAUGCUGUUAUUGCUCUUCUUUUGUCGUGCUUACCAAGCCUCAAGGCUCUGUAUCUAAUCUACUUUAAAAAUAGAGGUCUACAGAGAGCAGUAGUAGGCGGAAACCGGCACUUGAAGUAG